UCUAUUUUAAAAUUCUAAAUGAUACCAUGGCGGUUUGCUUUCGGAAGAUGGUGCAUAGAAUUUAUGCACCUAGUCUUCAUGCUGAGGAACGUGGUUCUUGUCCUGCCAGCACCAGGAGUACCACCACACCAUGCAGAACACUUCCUGUAUAUAGAAGGACAGGAGUAGAACCCUUAACCCAGAGGUUGCAACAUUUAGCCAGGAGACGUGACACAGAUUACUGGUACAGCAUUGGUCCUUCCCCUGAGGCCUGCUGGACCCCAGUAAACCUCCCACUUCAUAGUUCGAUUCGGCCGUCAGAGGCGUCGCUAAGGGACACAGAAGUCAGCAAAAGGGAAAAGGAAUGCAGAGCCCGUGAAGGAGAAGUGCAGACUAAGGAUCAGAAAUGCCAGACUUUGGAGAAUGAUCUCCAGGACGCCCUGCAGGAGAAGAACCGCUUGAAUCUGGAGUUACUGACCCGUAGCUGGAAAGCGGAACAGUAUGACCAGGUGAAGUCGGACUAUGAGCUGCUCAGACAGACACUCGCAGCUGUGAUCCGGGAGAGAGAUUUGGCCCUGCAGGAGAGGACCCAGCUGCGAGGCAAACUGGAGAACCUAGAGCAGGUGCUCAAGCAUAUGCGAGAGGCCGCGGAGCGGAGGCAGCAGUUAGAGUUGGAGCAUGAGCAGGCUUUGGCCGUCCUCAAUGCCAAGCAGCAGGAGAUCGACCUUCUACAGAAGGCUCAGGUUGAAGCCAAGAAGGAGCAUGAAGGUGCCGUCCUUUUGCUAGAGAGCCACUUGGACAGCAUGCAGGCCAAAGUCCGAGAGCUGGAGGAGAAAUGCAGGACCCAGAGUGAGCAGUUCAACCUCCUGUCCAAGGAGCUGGAGAAGUUCCGCCUGCAGUCGGGGAAGUUCGACCUGUUCACCUCUGACCCCCUGACCAUCUGCGAAUCGCCUGACUCCCCCAACAAGUCCCUCUCCCAGCUGCUUAACGGACUGGCCGCCCCGGUCAGCAAAGGCAAUGAGAGCCCCACACACAGGACGGUGAUUUCCGAGUUCAUUCGACCGCUCCACAUCUCUGGAGACAAGACCGAGCUCCUGUCCGUCAAGCCAACGUUCCUCAGCCGGAGUCGGCCCAGCAGCCCCCGACAGGCCGGCCUCCCAGAGAUGGACAGUGAACUGAGUCCUACCACUAGGCCCAAGGCACGGUACACGGGCAAGAUCCGCCUCUGCAUAGCCCGGUAUAGUUAUAACCCUUAUGAUGGACCGAAUGAGAAUCCCGAAGCAGAGCUCCCCCUUGUGGCGGGGAAGUACCUCUACGUCUACGGGACAAUGGAUGAAGAUGGGUUCUACGAAGGAGAGCUGCUGGACGGCCAGAGAGGCCUCGUUCCCUCCAACUUCGUGGACUUCGUCCAGGAUGAGGAGAUGCCUCCAGUGCAGCCAGUGGACGGUAGUAAGGAGGUGGGCUACCUCAGCCACGGCAGCGUGGGGCUGCCAGGCCUGGGCGGCCUGCUGCAGGACACCAAGCUGGACGGCCCCGGACUGGGCCUCGGCAUGGGAAUGAGCCUAGCAGACCUGCCGGGCACCUGCAGCAAUGGGACGGGGACCCUAGAUGUCAGCAUCGACGAGAUCGGCGAAGACAUUGUGCCUUACCCUCGCAGGAUCACGCUGAUCAAACAGCUAGCCAAGAGCGUGAUCGUGGCCUGGGAGCCGGCGCUUGUGGCCCCAGGCUGGGGCAACAUCAGCGCCUACAACGUGUUGGUGGAUAAAGAAGUGCGGGCCACGGUGCCUUUCGGCGCUCGGACCAAGUCGCUCAUCGAGAAGCUGAACCUGGCCACCUGCACGUACCGCGUGUCCGUGCAGUGUAUGACAGAGCGCGGCCCCUCUGACGAGAUGCGCUGCACGCUGCUGGUGGGGAAGGACGUGGUGGUGGCGCCGUACUGCCUGCGCAUGGACAACAUCACACAGGCGUCUGCCGAGCUCUCCUGGAUGCCCAGCAACAGCAACUACAGCCACUCCAUCUUCCUCAAUGACGCCGAGUAUGACGUCGUCAAGGCUUCUAACUACAGGUACCAGUUCUUCAACCUGAAGCCCAUGAUGGUCUACAGGGUCCGGCUGGUGGCCCAGCCCCACCAGAUGCCCUGGCAGCUGCCCCUGGAGCAGAGGGAGAAGAAGGAAAGCUCCGUUGAGUUCUGUACCCAGCCUGCAGGACCGCCACAGCCGCCUCAGGAGGUGCAGGUCCAGUGUGCACAGGUUCCAGGCGUGCUCCAGGUGCGAUGGAAGCCCCCACCACUCACAUCCAAUGGAACUUCAAACGGAGCAAGCGUAAUUGGCUACGCUGUCUGCACGAAAGGGCAAAAAAUCGCUGAGGUGAUGUUCCCAAACGCAGAGUACGUCUUGGUGGAGCUCAACAGGAUACAGUGUCUGGAAGCUCGGGAGGUCAUCGUCAGGACACUGUCAACACAAGGAGAGUCCCAGGACUCUUCUGCCGCCACCAUUCCAAACAACCUCCUGGUGCCUCCUCCACCCCUGCCUCAGCACCCCCCACUACAGCAGCCCCCAGUCCUCCACCCUCCACCCCACACACCACGCCCUCAGGUGCACCCCCCACCAUACCCGCAAACCUACCCUCCAUCCCACCCCCAGCCACAGAUCCAAUCAAUGCCCCGGCCGCAGUCGCACACCCUGCCUCAGCCAUUGCACCCACCCCACCAGUCACCCCUCCCGCCCCUGCAGCCCAUGCCACAAACACACCCCAGGCUCAAGCCGUUAGCAAGUGCCAGAGAGAGCGAAACCAAAGAGCCGGAGGCAGGGGGGCCCCACCAGGGUGCCAGGAUCAGCCCGUCAUGGGACCCGGCGUGCCCCCCCGCCUCGAUGCCCCCAUCACACGGUCACGCCCUCGAGCCCCCCCACAUGCAGGGUCGCCGCUCGCCCUCCCCGCAGAGGAUCCUGCCGCAGCCCCAGGGCACCCCCAUCCCCAACACGGUGGCCAAAGCCAUCGCCCGGGAGGCUGCUCAGAGAGUGGCCGAGAACAACCGCGUGGAGAAGGGGAACAUUUUCAGUGAGAGGAGAGGUGCCGUCCACCCGCUGAACUCCGACGAAGAGGAGGAUGGCUACGAGGUGAUUCGAAGCAGGAGACGAGGGGUGUCGGUCGACGACUUCCUGCGAGGCUCAGAGCUGGGUCGACAGCCACAGCUGUACAGCCACAGUGAGGAGUACCAGACAGAGAGCAGCCGGGGGUCAGACCUGUCCGACAUCAUGGAGGAGGAUGAGGAGGAGCUGUACUCUGAGAUGCAGCUGGAGGAAGGGCGGCGACGCAGCGUCAACUCUCACAACACGCUCAAGGCCUAUUAUAGGCGUCAGGACCUAGCGGACGAGCGGGACUGCUGGGACUUGCAGCGUGAAGUCGUGCGGAGGCGCUCCCUUCGUAGCAAGCGACUGCACAGCAUCCCAGAGGUGGCUGAGGAGGAGCCCGACUGUGGGGAGCCUCCAGGCCCGGGGCAGCGGCUGCACUUUGAGGAGGCCCGUCGCUGGGCCUGUCCCCAAGACCCGCGCCCGUACCGCCGCCUGUCCCCCAGCAAGGGCGUUCGGAGACUCCCUCGGCAGCGCUCCUCGCCCCGCUUUUCCGACGGCGGCCGGCAGGUCACCAAGAGCCCAGACAGCGGCCUGGACUGCGGCAGCGAGGAGGAGGGCUCCCUGGGCCGCCGCCACGGCUGGCCGCCCGGCCGUGAGCCCCAUCCCGCGGGCCUUGCCCCUGGCAUCGGAGGGCGUAAGAGGACGCUGACCCGACAGUGCAGCGUGGAGGAGGACUUCAGCGACGUCCCAGCAAUGGGCCCCAAGACCGUGCACGUGGCACACCUGCGGAGCCAGGAGCUGCGGUGCAGGCCGGGACGGGAGGCAGAGCGUGGGCGGCUGGCCGGAGAGGUGGCUCUGAGUGAGGGCCGGUUGAAUGAGCUCAGCAGAACCUAUCACAGGGACUAUAGGGCACACUCAGUGACAAAACUCAGCUGGAGCCCAGAGGAGCCACUGAUUUUAGGUAACACCCAUACAGCGAGCAGCACCACUGACCGGCUGGAGCACUCGGGGCGGAGACUGGCCCACAGCAGCGCCCCCCCCCAGCGCCGCUCCAUGAUGGUUCCCUCCAUUGAGAUCACCAUGGAGAGUAACAGUGAGGGGAGUCAGGGACACCUCUCACCUGACAAGGAGGAUGUUAACUAUGGCAGUGUAGCUGGCCGCAGGAAAUGGUCCUUACAGCGAAGUGUGGCCUCAGAACAUCAAUAUGAUGGCUACAGCGGCCGUGAUCGCCGAUCCCCCGAUUAUUACGAGGAAUCGGAGCCAGACGACCUGUCUCGGAUUUUCGUGGCGCUGUUCGACUACGACCCCAUCUCCAUGUCCCCCAACCCUGAUGGUGCCGAUGAGGAGCUGCCCUUUAAGGAGGGGCAGAUAAUCAAGGUAUAUGGGGACAAGGACACAGACGGGUUCUACCGAGGAGAAGUCAGUGGUAGAAUGGGCCUCAUACCGUGCAACAUGGUAUUAGAGAUCCAGACCGAAGAUGAGGAGAUGAUGGACCAGCUUGUCAAGCAGGGUUUCCUGCCUCUGAACACCCCUGUGGAAAAAAUCGUGAACUGCAAUCGUUUCAAAGACGGCCGUUCAAUAAACCGCAGAUCCCGAAAGUCCAAGCGAGAGCGAAACAGACGGAGCGGGCGGCAGCAGCCACUGUCCACGCGCAGGAUGGUGGCGCUGUAUGACUACGACCCCAGGGAAAGCUCCCCCAACGUGGACGUGGAGGCUGAACUGACAUUCUGUGCAGGAGACAUCAUAAAUGUUUUUGGGGAGAUCGACGAAGACGGCUUUUAUUAUGGUGAACUCAACGGACACAAAGGUCUUGUUCCUUCUAACUUUCUCGAAGAAGUGCCUGACGAUGUAGAGGUCUAUCUCACUGACACUCCAGCCCGCUAUGCCCAGGACGCUCCUGCACGGAUAAAGACCAAAAGGGUCCCCCUGGAAAACACGGGUCCACCCAGGAGAGCCGCCUCCCCCACUGUGCGCCAGCAUCUCCCCGGCUCCGGGCCUUCUGCGCUGGGGCCAGGCAGCCCCGUAAGGGGCCCCCGCGACUUGGCCUCCAAAAAGAAAAAGGGUCUCCUCUCCAAAGGGAAGAAACUGUUGAAAAGACUCGGUGCCGUGAAAUGAUCUCUCCACCAUAGCCAAUCAAUUAGCAUACAAAUCUCAUACAUGUUAUGGAACAAUUCUUCCAUUACUGUAAUUUGUCUAAUGGGAAAAAAAUAGCUGUCAGAACUAGGAUUUUCAUGACAACGGUCAACUAGUCAAGUUCUGUACACUUUACAUUCUUCUCGUUGGGUCUAGUUUCUGCCCUGCUCAUAAGUUUGCCCUAAAGUCAGGCAUCUCUUAAUAUAUCACUUUUUGCAGCCUCUCUGGGUGUGUUCUACAUCAGGAGGAUGGAAGAGAGGAAGGUCUUGUCAGCAUUGAGGAAAAAUUCUUCAAAGGUCUUUAAAUUAGAGUCAGUGUUUCAAAAGGCACCUCAGUAUUUCUCACCUUUUCCUCCUGUCUUCUGUAAAAUGUCUGCAGGGGUGGAAAUCGCCCCCCAUGGCACUGUGUCAACCUUACGUGUAAGCAGGUACCUUGGGGUCUGGAGAUUCCGGUGACUCAGCGCGUAGUGUCCCACAUCUAUACACCGUUUGCCUCGUCGUGUCUGUACGCAGUAUGCACCCUCUUGGGUCCGUGCGAAGCGUGCACUGUCAGGUCCUACAUGUGGCCCUGCUACAUCGACACAGAUCGCAGUAGGAUACAUGUAGACUCCUCCAACAUUCUGCCAAACACUGUUUCAGGCUGGCUUCACCACGCUAACCUCAGGCUGUGCAUGUAUGUCAUGUCAGAUUGGGAAAAAAAAAUUCAACUCGCAAGUAUGUGUCACUUUUGCCAAGAGUCUUAUUCGGUGUUUUUUCCCCAACACCUUCGAUUACCAGGUGACUCUGCCCUCUUUACAGUCAGGCUGCUAGGGAGUUUGUCUCUUACUGUUCAGGGCACAGUGCAAACCGACGCAUCUGCUCAAUGAAGGACUAGUUUAUCAACACGGUGAAGUCAUGAAAUGCCUAGUUUAAACCAGCCUCCAUGUAUUUGCCUUAUAAAUGCACAAUGGUUUGUAUUUUGUCCAGUGAAUGGAGCAAAAGUAGUUUGUAUGUAUUGUGUGCAUUCAUGUUAGUGCAGUGUUUCCCAGUCUGGUCCUUGGGGGCCACCAGACUUUUUUUGUGGACUGUCUGGGGGUU